UUUGAUUCACUCUCUCCAUUGGAAACACAAAUUCUGCCUGCCUUUCUAUUUUGGACCCAGCCCUGGAUUUCUUGAUAUUUCUAUUUCGCGUGUAUAUGCUGCUUGUUCUUACCUUCUGUGUUGAUUUUCUCCGUACAUAACAAAGCUUGGAAGUUUGAGCUUCUUGAGGUUUAGCAGAUUCUUGGUUCUGGAGAUCACUCAGAUUGUAACCACUUACACUGGAGGACAUCGGAGUUGUAGAUCCGAGAGUUCUAUGUAUGAGACAGUGGACCGAGAUAGAGGUAGAAUUAAGUCCAGGGAUGAGUCUAGAAGUCAAAGAAGGGAUGACUCUGGAAGUGAAAGGAGGGAGGCAAAAUGGAGCCACUACUCGGAUAGAGAAGAGCCGAGCCAUAGGGGUGUAUCACAUAGUCAUGAUAAGGAAUACGAUGAAAAGUAUGGACAAAAACGAAACAGAUACGAAGGUUCCAGGACUCCAGGCAGAUCUGACUGGGAUGAUGGGAGAUGGGAAUGGGAAGAUACACCUCGUCGGGAUAAUCGUUCUUAUAGCAUCAGGCACCAUCAACCUUCACCUUCCCCAAUGUUAGUUGGGGAGUCACCCGAUGGACGACUGGUUUCCUCAUGGUUGGGAGGGCAUACUCCUCAUUCUGCUGAACCUGCUGCAUCUCCCUGGGACAGCGUGCCUCCUUCUCCAGUACCCAUACCGGCAUCGGGAUCUUCAGUUAGAUCUUCAAGUUCUUGAUAUGGUGGAAAGUCGCAUCCACUUAAUUUUUCUGCCGAAAAUUCCCAACCGUCUGAGGUAUUAUAUUUCUCAUCUUAUCCGAGCUUUCCUUUCCUUAAAGAUAUCCUGAAAAAGGAAGAAACGUACUUGGCCAGAUAUCAUUUUUGUGUUCAUCUGCAAUGCAUUUUAUUUAUCAGCUACGGGAACGUGUUUGAAAAAAAUUGCUCUGUCCUUUUGGUUGUAUCCAGGAUGGAGAAGAUAGCACAAGUUAUCUGUCUAAAGGCCACAAUCAAGAGAUAGCUGAAAGU